UAUUGCAGAGUUGACUUCAGAACCAUUUCGUUUGCCCAGCGUUGCAGUCUAGUUAAUCAUCGACAAGCUCAAGCACUUCGAGUCCACAACCUUCUUUUUAUUGCAGUGGAAGCCUGUAGCAUAAAGGUGGUAAUGAUGAUGGGAUGGUGGGAGACUAACAGAACACACAUGGUAGAAAGGAGAUCGAUAGGGAGACAACAGUUCACGGCCGUAUCGCCUCUUGGUUAAUCCCCUGGCCACUGAUAACACAGCUCAAAGGGAAUCCAUGAAAUCAACGUCACAGUUGAUAUAACAAGCAUGGAGAAGACUGCUGCUGCCUUGAGAAUUAAGAGAGCUCAUGUAUUUCCCGAUAAGAACAGCUAAUUGAAUUCGUGGUGUGGCGGACGAGGUGAGGAUGCUGCGGGCGGAGUUCCGAGGAUCCAAAAGGAAGAAAACAAAAAGCUUUGAGGCGGCGUUGGACUUGCACACCUCCUCCCUCCGUGACCAGGAUAUAAUAGAGAAACCGGCGGCCGGCGGAGGAACAGGAUGGAGACGGAAGGUGGGUUCCUGCGAGGCGCCGCUGCCGACUCCGGACGCCGCCGCGCUGGGGUAAGGCGUCGACUCGUUCUCUCACCUUUUAUUCCUUGAUCCGUUUCGGGUAUAAUAUGUAUGAAUGAGUAUUUAAACCCGAACCCGACUCCGAGUCCAACUCGGAUGUUUACUUGCUUACCCGAACCCGAUUGAAAGGAUUCUCGAAUCUUGUUUACGCGGGUCGGAUAUAUUUGAAACCCAGAGAAAACCCGAUCCACUACCAAACUGGUUAAGGACGACGUUUGCCGCACCGUUUCCUCUGGUGCGUGUUGAGAUCUGGCGCCGGCUUCUCUUCUGGCCGCCGCUGAGUCUUUCUCGCCCCAGAAAACCCUCUUUCGCCGAUCUAUUAUGAGAUUUGGACGGAGGAAUUCAAGUGUUACAGAGCCUAGAUUUUAGUUUGUGUUUUGUUGCCAUCAAGCAAUAGCUCUCCGUUUCUGUUAUUCUUUGUUCUCUAAUUAGGAUGCGUAAAACCCUAGAUAGGGCUUUCAAAUCUAGGGUUCUUAACCAAUUCCACAAGCGUCUCGAUAUCGGAAAGGUGAGCCCUUUUGAUUCUGAGAUCGCCGGUUGCUUGGCUUCCGAUGCAUUUUGCCCAAAAUAUCGGUGCAAAAACGUGAUCUUUUUCUCAUCCGUUAACCAUAACCCAACUUUGAAUCUUGAUCCUAGCCCACUUUUGGGUACCUCAUUCGAGGAAAGAUGCGAUUUUGAUGACUCAAAGGCGCUGGAUGCCGGUAAACAUGUGAAUGCCAAGGACAUCGCUGAUGUGAAUGAUGAACCUAAGUCAGGUCGCCACUUCGGAGAAUCAGAUGAUCCCGAUGAGGAUGUGGAAUCCGAUGAAGAAAUGGAGCGUGAAGACGGGAAUGCAGAUGUUGAACUUGGGGUUCUGGAUUUGUUCGAUCGGAGUCGAGAAGACAAGGAAAACAAAAAAGAGCCAUUAGAAGAAGCAAGAGAUGAAUCAGGACACCCGAUGGUUAGAGAAACAUGUAAGUUGAUUGAGUUGCGGCACAUGUGGAAUCCAAAGCUUGAGGGGGAACUAAGGCACCUUCUGAGAUGCCUUAAUUCCCAUCAAGUUAGUGCAGUGCUCCGUUCCCAGUCAGAUGAGCGUAUUGCAGUGAACUUCUUCUACUGGGCUGACCGGCAGUGGAGGUACCGGCAUGCACCUGAGGUGUAUUACACAAUGCUUGAGCUAUUAAGCAAGACGAAGCUCUGCCAGGCGUCCAGGCGGGCCCUAAGGCUGAUGAUUCGCCGAAGGAUAAGCCGGCGGCCCCAAGACUUUGCUCAUUUGAUGGUCUCAUACAGCCGAGCAGGAAAGCUCAGAAGUGCAAUGCGGGUCUUGAAUUUGAUGCAGAAAGAUGGCUGUGCACCGGAUCUUUGCAUUUGCAACACUACGAUCCAUGUACUCAUAAUGGCCAAACGGUUUGAGAAGGCUUUGAGGUUCUUUGACCGAAUGCAGAGGGCUGGGGUUACUCCUGAUGUGGUCACUUACAAUUGCUUGAUAAAGGGGUUCUGUGAUGCCAACAGGGUUGGCGAUGCUAUGAAAAUGAUCAGGGAGAUGCCUCUUAAGGGCAGCCUGCCAGACAAGAUCAGCUACUACACGGUAAUCAGUUUCUUAUGUAAAGAGAAAAGAGUUGGGGAGGUUAGAGAUUUACUUAAGGAGAUGGAAAUCAAGGCUAAUCUCAUCCCUGACCCGGUCACUUACAGUACAGUGAUCCAUGUCCUCUCGAAGCAUGGGCAUGCUGAUGAAGCCCUUGAGUUUUUUAGAGAAACAGAGGAGAAGGGUUUUCAAGUUGACAAAGUUGGAUAUAGUGCAAUUGUACAUGCUUUUUGUCUUGAUGGGAGGAUGGAGGAGGCCAAGGAAAUUGUUAAUGAGAUGUUGUCUAAGGGCUGUCUUCCAGAUGUUGUGACAUACAGUGCAGUUGUUAAUGGAUUUUGCCGCAUAGGGAAGAUAGAUCAAGCAAGGAAAAUUCUGAGACAUAUGUAUAAGAAUGGCUACAAGCCCAACACAGUUACAUACACUUCCUUGUUAAAUGGAUUGUGCAGAAUUGGUUCCUCAUUAGAGGCACUGGAAAUGUUGAACAAGAGCGAGGAGGAGUGGUGGACUCCUAGUGUUGUGACAUACAGUGUCGUUAUGCAUGGACUAAGGCGAGAGGGGAAAUUAAAGGAGGCCUGUGAAUUGGUCAUGCAGAUGCUAGGAAAUGGUUUCUUUCCCACUACAGUUGAGGUCAAUUUGCUAAUUCAUGCACUCUGCAGGGAUGGGAAGCCAGGAGAUGCAAAGAAGUUCAUGGAGGAUUGUCAGAGCAAGGGAUGUACAAUCAAUGUGGUAAAUUUCACCACUGUUAUUCAUGGAUUCUGCCAGGAGGGUGAUUUACAAUCUGCAUUCUCUUUGCUGGAUGACAUGUAUCUCAGUAACAGACAUCCUGAUGUUGUAACUUACACGGUUAUUGUUGAUGCGUUGGGAAAGAAAGGCGAAUUUGAAAAAGCAACUGAACUUGUAAAGAAAAUGCUCCACAGGGGUUUUAUUCCCUCACCUGUUACUUACAGGACGGUUAUCCAUAGGUACUGUGAGAAAGGUAGAGUGGAAGAUUUACUUAAGUUGCUGGAGAAGAUGCUUGUGAGGCGGGAAUUUGGAACCGCAUACAAUCAAGUAAUCGAGAAGCUUUGUGUGUUUGGUAAACUUGACGAGGCUUAUAAGGUCCUGGGGAAGGUUUUGAGGACAGCCUCAAAGUCAGAUGCCCAUACAUGCCACAUUUUGAUGGAAAGUUACAUGAAGAAAGGCCUUUCUUUGCAGUCAUAUAAAGUGGCCUGUAGAAUGUUCCAUAGAAACCUGAUACCUGAUAUGAAACUUUGUCAGAAACUCAGCAGCAAGCUAAUUGCAGAAGGACAUUCUGAUGAGGGAGGAAGGCUUCUGAUUAAGUUUGUUGAGAGAGGACUAACUUUGCCUCAGCAUCAGUAACAUUUCUUUGCCAUGUUAAAUUCAAGAGGUUCAAAUGAGGUUCAUGCUUAGAGAAUGAUUAGCCUCAAAAUUAAGAAUUUGUUUAGUGUGAUGAAGGACAAAGUCUCUCUCACUCAUUAUUUUCAUCGCAAGCUCAGAUAUUGCAUGCAGCUGGUGGCAUAACUCGUUUUAGCUUCAUUUGUUUCGCAUGCAUAGGUUGCUGUUGGAGGUGUGAGAGGCUUCGGUUAGAAACCGAGAGGUGGUCUUCAAGCAUCCGAAUGCAUCGCCGUGGAGCUGGAAUCAGAUGUUGAACCAAUGCAUGAACUAAGCCAGGGAGAGUUUUUGGACCAUAGGGUAGAGGCUGGCACAUGGCUAGGAUGUGUUACUGGGAUAACUAAAGCUUCUUAGUGUGCUGGUACUUGAUCAAUUCAUGAGACUUCUGAUGAAUUAUUCUACAAGAAAAAUAUCCCAAUCAGUAUAUAUAUGCAAGUCAGUGCUUUGAUACUUAAAUUCAAAUCCAUAUAUAUGGAUGAACAUCAAAAAGAGAAGCGCUAUCAAGCUGCUUCCAUGAAAAAGCUUGUCCAAUCCCUCCAUGUCAGUCCUUCAUGCUGGAAUCAAGUUCCUGUGAUUCAUAUUGGCUGGUGUUGGUGUUGGCAUUAGAAGUUUAUUUCAGCAACUGAGAGUAAGUUUGGCAUCUAAGGACAUCCAGGAUUGGUUGCACCUUAAAAGUAUGAUCAUCUCUAGAUGAGAAACCCUAAUCCUGACUAUGAGAUUGGCAUGUCUACAUCCAAAGAGGAGGAAGCUUGAGUCACAGUCCACCAGCAGUAGUUGAUCACAACGAGUCUCCGAUGUCAGCUUGCAGUUGUCCCACAGGCUACAAGUUUAGUAACAAGGAACUAUAUAUAAGUCCACUUGAAGAAGGGGGUGAUUGACAAGGACAUGGUGCAGAAUUUUCAAAGGCAUGACUCAGUAGCACCAGAAAACAGAGGAAACAAACAUGAAUGUGCAGACAAAGGAGCUCUGUUACUUUGACAUUGUUUUCUUGGAGAGAUUUUGUAAAGAACAAGAAGACUGUUUGUUUGAAGAACCCAUCAAGAAUCACUCCGUUGCAAUCUUCACCUCUUUAAUGCAAGCUCAGGUCAGCUGUCCAUUUCUUCAAGGUCUUCAGUGAUGACUUCUCCAGGAAUAUAAUGAUUUAUCCUUUGAGAUCUUCCUCCAUAUGUCUUCAAGCCCAAAAGUUCAAGAUGCAGGUUCAUAGUUUCUCAGCUAAUCCUUCUCGAGCAAGUGGGUUGGAUCCAAAUCCGAUAGUUAUUAAUCCCAAACCGAAGGAUUCAUGCUCAAGAUUUCUAGUCAGAUAUGGGUCGGGCAUCGAAGCUACUUUAUCAGAGGGUUCAGAUACAGGAUCCACACCCCAUCCGAUAGAUUCGAAGUGCGAACCCACAUGUAAAGUUGCGGAUCGGAUCCAGAAGGGAUUUUGGAUUUGCUGAGCUGCUCCAACCCCUCUGCUUUCCUCUCUGAGCUCUUAAGGUAGAUAACUACAGAGGAUAGCUGGCAGCAGGAGGCAUUAGUGUGGGCAGAGGUCUUCCUGAAAUCAAGUAAAAGAUGGUGAUGCAUGAAACUAUUGACACUGCAUCUGAGUUGUCCACUUCUCCACAUAAUCUUGCCUAAACAAGUCAAUCAAUCAGCCAAAACCUCAAUGGAUUAUAUAUAUUGAUUAGAGUUGUAGAAGAACAAACAAUGAUCAUUAUAUAAUUAAUUUUCUUAUCCUUCA